AUGAACAACUCAAGCAACGAUACUCCGGCCAUUGACUGGACCCGGGACGGGGACUUGGAGAGCUACGUUGCUCGGGCUCUGGACGACAAGCAAAUCCCCAAUUGCCUGUGGUCCGACGGGGCGCUGUCCAUAUACGGAUGUCCGUCAAGUCAGGAAAUGGUGGCUAAUCAUCGACAGAAAUCCUCUGCCUGGAUGGUCCCCGACCGUGUCAUCCACCGCGUGCCACAAGCCCUGGCUGGUACCAGUUUCGUGUCCUGCACGGAAGGUGAGGACUGCCAUGUACUCGAUAAGGAACGAGUCCACCCAUUUCCGGAUGUACACGUGCAUGUGCAUCGUGAAGGACAGCCCGGGUAUGCUGUGGAAUUCUACAAACAGAGCCGCCUGUUCUGGGGAUUACCGCCUCCACCCCUGGGCGUUCCACGCUCCGGUGACCCCUUCUACAUGCUCGUCACCGACGAGCGAUUGAGUGAGCCUGCUGUGCUGUCGCGAGGCCGGCAGCCAGCCGGAAAUCACCCUGUGAAGAUAUUGGUCCCCACCCACUAUACGAUUGGGAUGGCCCUCCUCGCGCUGCGCGACCUCGAGGAAUCAAUGAACCGGGAUCAUUGGCUCGGUGUGAUGAAGCAGCUAUGGUUCAUGAUCAUCGAUGAUGAGAAUCCAAUCUUGGAUUCGAAUAGUCUGACGGGGGUGUACCAUAAUAUCAUGUACGCGUUUGGCGAUUGGCUUCUCAGUCGCCAGCCUGAUAGAGUUCAGAGGGGACAUGAGUAUAUCUAUCGCGUCCAUCAUGAAUGGAAGGCAGCUGGUCGUUUGCCGCCCCCGGACAGAGGUGCUUUUUUUUGGGGUCCUGGUGGUGAUGUUAUUCCGCUUGCUGGUGAUCACUUCGUGCUGCAGUAA